CGCGUCGGAUGUUGACAACGAGAGAGAGAGAGAAAGAGAGAGAGAGACCUGCAGCUGCUGGAUCCGCUUCUUUUAAGUUUUAAACAGCAGAUUUUAUAGAAUCUUUCAGGAAUGUCGUUCUCAAAAGCCCCGCUAAAGAGAUUCAACGAUCACGUGGGCUGCGCCCCUCCGCCCGGAGCUUAUGACGUUAAACAUGAAGAACUCAGAGGAGCCGCGUCUUUCGAUAAAUCUGAGCGUUUCAGACCCCCCAAGCCCGCAGACACCGCCCUUCUCCCGCCUCCAUCUCCGUCCAAGGCAGGAUUCAUGUCCCCAGUGCGCAGGACCAUGUCUGUGGAUGGACUGGCUAACGGUGCAAGUGCAAAGAAGGAGAAGAACACUAUGAGCAUCGAUCUGAAACAACAUAAACUCCUGGAAAAAGAGAUCAGAGCCUUGGUCCAGCAGCGGGGUGAGCAGGACCGGCGUUUACAGGCUCUGGAGGAGGACUUGAAGAAGGCGGAGGCUAAACUUUUGGCUGCUGUCAGGGAGAAAACCGCACUCGCUGCUAAUGUUACCACCCUGGAGAGGCAGCGGGCGGAACUCAAGAAAAUCAAUGAGUUUUUAAAGAACAAGGUUUCUGCAGAUGCGUCAAAAAAGAGGAUAAACUCUCUCACAAUGGAUUUGAUGGAGGCCAGAAACAAUUUGGAUGCAAAAAAUAAGGAGCUAAAUGUGCUGCGCGUCAACACUGAAGGUCAAGUUAAAGCUUUAGAAACAGACCUGAGAGCGGCGAAGGAAACUGUCAAGACUCUGAAGGAGAGGAAUGCAGAUUUAGACGACCUCCACCAGGUUACAAAAAGUCAAAUUGAAGAUGCUGAAAAUGAGAAUGCAAAGUUGCAGGCUGUGAUCAGAGAACUGCGGCAGGAGGUUCAGGUGCUGCAGGGCUAUCUCGACACAGCAAAUGAGCAGAUACUGGAUCUUCGCUCAAAACUGGAGGAGACCGAAAAAGCCACAGCAGAUUGUCAGACGGAGACUUUGAAACAGCUCCAGUCUGAAGCGGAGCGGCAGAUUGCACAGCUCGAAGCCGCCAAAGACGAGCUUAGACAAAAGGAGGAGGAGGCGCUGUACUACCGGCAGGAUUUGGAUUUGUCAAAAGAUGUGUUACGGGAAAUGGAAAUGAGACUGGAAAGCCAAGAGCUCGAGCUGAAGUCGUCUCAGGAGUCGGUGAAAGACUUGGAAGACCGAAUGAUGACUGUGAAUAAAGAGCUGCAGGCGUCACAUGCCACGGUUCGCCAGCAGGAGGCAGAACUCUCACGGCUCAGGGAGGUGCUGAGGAGAACGGAGAAUGAGCUGGAUGAGAGAGUGGCUCAUCUGGAACAAAGGUGUCUCUUUGCUGAGGAGGACAGAAGCAAGACUCAGAAAGAAGGACUGAGGCGUGUGGAGGAGCUGAAGGCAGAGCUCAACUCACUGAAAGAGGCGAAAAAAGACGAGGAAACGAAGCAAACUCAGCUACAGGAAGAACAUGAAGCCGUCUGCGAGGAGCUGGCCAAAGAAAAGGCCCUGGUCGACUCCCUCACGGUGUUGCUGAUGCAGGAGCGGGAGGAGUCUGAGCAGAAGAUGGCGCAGCUGAAGGAGGAGCUGGAGGAGGUGCUGGGGGAGCUGUCCGUCCUGGAGGAGGAGGACCUGAGGAGGCGGGACGUCAUCUCCAAACGCCAGGAGGAACUGGAGAAACUUCAGACCGACAACGAGGAGUUAGAAAAACAGCUGAGCGACACGAGGGAGCAGCUGCUGGGUAACACCAUUGACGCAGACGCUUUGAAAGAGGAGCAUUUGGCAGCCAUGACAGAGCUGAGGGAGGAACACACACAUUCGCUGAACAAGAUGGAGGCAGCUGUGUCGGAGCUCCAGAGGACUAAAGAAACGCUGAUUAAAAGACAAGAGGAGCUGGAAGGCGAAGUGCAGGCGCUGACCCGUAAGCUACAGGAGAUGGACACGGUGUUACAAGAGAAGGAAGAGGAGAUGAAGGGAGCGAGGGAGAGUUUAAAGGAGCAGCUGGAGAGACUCGAGUGCGAGGAGCGAGCCAAGGAUGAAACUGCAAGGAACUUGCUGGAGGUGCGGGCCCGUCUCGUUCGGAAAGAAGACGAGAUGAAGGAAGCGGAGGAGAGUAACGCGGCUCUGAUCAGCCAGUUACAGCAAGAGAUGGAGCAGCUGAAAAGACGAGGGGACGUACGGGGGCAAGUCGAGGCGCAGACGAGCCAGACUCUUACUCAGCUCCAAAAUGAGAAAGAAUCGGCCCGUAAACUGCUAGAGGACAUCGCUCGGGAGAAAGAGGAGCUUCUAAAACAGGUUCAGGAUGAGAAAAGGCAGAGAGUAGAAAUAGAAAUGACGCUAAAGACUGAAAGGGGAGCUCUGGAGGACGCGAGGAAGGAUCGGGAUUCGGUCAAGGCGGAGGUGGUUCAGCUGCAGACGCGAAUCCGACAGGUGAACGAGGAGAAGGCGAGCGUCACGUCAGACUUAGAGAAGAGUAAAGAAACACAGGUGAUGCUGGAGAACAGGCUAAAAGAAACAGAGCGGGUGAAAAAUGAGCUCGAGGCCCGGUUAGAGGAGGUGCUCGCGAUGGAGGAGGAGGUGCAGAGGUUUAAGUCGGAGCUGGAGGAGCAGGGGCAGGAGACGCGGGGCCUGGAGGAGCAGGUGGAGGUGCUGACGCAGGAGAAGGUGACGCUGCAGUGGGAGAUGGAGGAGCAGAGACGAGAGUUUGACAGACGGAUCACAGACGCCAAAGAGCAAAGCGCCACAAAAGCCGAAGUUGAACACUGGAGGAGUCUGUACGAGGAGCUGCUGUCCAAAGUGGGGCCUUUCCAGGCGCAGUUGAACGCUUUUGCUGCUGAGAAGGAUGCGCUGCUAAACGAGAAAGGAGCCAAUCAGGAGGAACUGAACAAGCUCUCCGACGCUUACGCCCGUCUGCUCGGUCACCAGAACCAGAAACAGAAAAUCAAACACGUGGUGAAGCUCAAAGAUGAAAACUUGACGCUCAAACAGGAGGUCUCUAAACUUCGCACGCUCGUGUCCAAACAAAAGAGCGAGAUGGAGCAGCUGAGGUCGAAGGUCGCCGGGACGCAGCGCAGGUUUGACCCCAGCAAAGCGUUUCAGCACGACAAGGAAAACAUGGAGGCCGCCAAACCGCUGAGAGACGGUAACGGCAAAAACAAGAGGAGCGUCUCCACUAGCAACUAAACCCUUAUUUUAUUGUUACUUUUGAACAUUUAAUUUACUUUUACUACAUAGAUUUAACACUUGUUUUUAGCUUUAUACAAAAAUAACACGAGUCUGGUGUAACAUUUUACCUGUAAAUAAAGAUUGGUUUUAUAGUUUUUUUAUUUCUCC